AUGGACCCAACAUUUCCGAACGGUGGCUAUGGAUGGGUUUGCACAGCCGCCUCUGCCAUGAUCAAUGCCCACACAUGGGGCCUCAACUCGAGUUAUGGGGUAUUUCUCGCCCAUUAUCUGUCAGUCGAGUACUUCGCUGGCGCCACCCCUCUGGAAUAUGCCUUCAUUGGGUCUCUCAGCAUCAGCUGCGCUCUGAUGGUCUCACCCGUUGCAACUGCUCUGACGAGAGGGAUUGGGGCGAGGCCAACCAUGCUGUGCGGCGUGGUGAUACACACCGCAGGCUUAAUACUGGCCAGUCUUGCUACAAAAGUCCUCCACCUAUUCCUUACCCAAGGUAUUCUGUUCAGCCUUGGUGUGGGACUGCUGUUUAGUCCGGCUGCUGCAAUUGUUCCCCAGUGGUUCAGCACACACCGCUCUCUAACCACAAGCAUAUCCGCCAGCGGCUCUGGAUUUAGUAGUUUGAUCUAUCCGGUCGCUUCGGGCGCCAUGAUCCAGAAGCUCGGAGUUCCGUGGACGCUUCGUGUCUUGGGCAUAGUGGCCUUUGUCGUCAACACUCUCUGCGCCUGUCUUGUGAAAGACCACAGUAGCGCGAUUGGAUCGACUCAGUUAGCCUUUGAUACUCGACUACUCCGCCGACCUGAGUUUCUCUUAUUGCUUGGCUUCAGCUGGUUCAGCAUGCUGGCGUACGUGAUCCUGGUUUUCAGCCUGUCCAACUACGCAACCUGGAUCGGGCUUGACCCCUCGAAAGCUGGCCUUAUCAGCGCCCUCUUUGAUCUAGGACAGGGGCUCGGUCGCCCCGUCAUUGGCUAUUUCAGUGAUCAGACCGGGCGCCUCAACAUGUCAAUUCUGAUGACCCUUCUUGCGGCUUUACUCUCUCUCGCCGUCUGGAUUCCUGCCAGAACGUACCCUGUUCUUGUUUUCUUCUCCGUUGCCUGUGGGCCUGUUGCCGGGACCUUUUGGGCGACCAUUGGCGCCGUUAUAGCAGAAGUUGCGGGAAUGCAACAGGUCCCGACGGCGCUGAACUUGGUCUAG